AUGGCCAACAGCGGAUUCGAAUACGUCCGCCACUUCGAGCAUCACGACGCCAUUCCCCCCUCCAACUGGAUCGUCGUGCGCAUCGACGGCCGUGGCUUCAGCAAGCUCUGCAAAAAGUACAGUUUCUCAAAACCCAACGACCAACGCGCUCUGGAUUUGAUGAACGCCGCUGCUACAGAGGUCGUUCGUUCACUGGUGGACAUCGUGCUCGCCUACGGCCAGAGUGACGAGUAUAGCUUCAUUUUCCACGAGUCCGCUACGAUGUUUGAGCGGAGAGCGGCGAAGUUGGCUACGACGGUUGCUACAGCGUUUACCGCGGAGUAUUGUCUCCAAUGGCCAACUUUCUUCCCGGAACAGCAGCUCAGCAGGCCCUUUCCGACGUUCGAUGGGAGGUGCGUGGCGUAUCCUAAGCGCAAGAUUCUAAGGGACUACUUGGCGUGGCGACAGGCGGAUUGUCAUAUUAAUAACUUGUACAAUACGGUUUUCUGGAACUUGGUGCUGAAGGGUGAGAUGGACGGGAAGGCGGCGGAGGAGGCGCUCAAGGGCACGUUGGCAGCCGAUAAGAAUGAGAUUUUGUGGUCGCGGUUUGAGGUGAAUUAUAACAAUGAGCCGGCGAUUUGGAGGAAGGGAACGGUGGUUUAUCGCGCUUAUGAUGCGGAGGAGGGGGGGACGAGGCAGAGUGGUGAUGUCGAGGGUCAGCGGAGCAGUGGUGGGAAAGGGCUGGGUGGAGGUGUGAGUGAGGGGGCGAAAGGGGGGAGUAAGAGUCAACUGGAGAAGGAGAGGAAGAGGAAGCAGAAGGCGAGGAUUGCGGUUGAGCAUGUUGAUAUUAUUGGGGAUGGGUUUUGGGAGGCGAGACCGUAUGUUUUGGCCGGGAAGAGGGGGCAUGUGGAGGAGUGA